AUGGACUUGAGCGUCAACAACCUGUCAGCCGCAAACUCGUCUUCGGAUUCUAGAGAUCACUCUAAUAGCACUCCAAAAGAGAUCUUGCCCGUCUUUAUCAUCGGUGGCGUUAUUGUGUUUCUGCUACUGGUUUGCUUCCUUUUCGCUAUUACCCGAUGUCCAACCGAAUGUGAUGAUAUUGAGUCAACAAUAAGCGCGUCGUCAGCCGCCUCAUCAGCGUCGCAGAAACCGGCUCUCGAAAGGUUAGACCGAGAAGCUCCAGCAAAGGAUUUCGCCCAGGUCAAGGAAGAGGCGAAGCACCGUAAACCAGGUGAUCAACCUGUCUGGCCAGACUCAUACUACGCGUGUGCCAUUUGUCUAGAUCCCCUAAAGGCCAAGCAAUCCGUCCGCCGGUUGCGUUGCGGUCAUGUGUUCCAUUCGAGCUGCAUCGUUCCGUGGUACCUGCGCAAACAUCACUUUUGCCCCCUUUGCACUUUGCCGUACAUCACCGAGGAGUGUGAGGGGUCAGACCCAACAUAG